GCUGUCCUUUGUGUGCGCGGCGCGGCGCCGGGCCGCGGGGUCCGGUCCCUCAGCUAUGGCCACGCCGGCGGCCGUCAACCCUCCGGAAAUGGCUUCUGACAUACCUGGCUCCGUGACGUUGCCUGUCGCCCCCAUGGCGGCCUCUGGACAGGUGAGGAUGGCCGGGGCCAUGCCUGCCCGCGGAGGAAAGCGACGUUCCGGAAUGGAUUUCGAUGAUGAAGAUGGUGAAGGGCCCAGUAAAUUUUCAAGAGAGAACCACAGUGAGAUCGAGCGGCGCAGGCGGAACAAGAUGACCCAGUACAUCACGGAGCUCUCAGACAUGGUCCCCACCUGCAGCGCACUGGCCCGGAAGCCAGACAAGCUUACCAUCCUGCGCAUGGCCGUCUCGCACAUGAAGUCCAUGAGGGGCACGGGGAACAAGUCCACGGACGGUGCCUACAAGCCUUCCUUCCUGACCGAGCAGGAGCUGAAGCACCUCAUCCUGGAAGCUGCUGAUGGAUUUCUGUUUGUCGUAGCGGCUGAGACAGGGAGAGUGAUCUACGUGUCUGAUUCAGUCACGCCUGUUCUGAACCAGCCCCAGUCCGAGUGGUUCGGAAGCACCCUGUAUGAGCAGGUGCAUCCUGACGACGUGGAGAAGCUGAGAGAACAACUAUGUACCUCCGAGAACUCGAUGACAGGGCGGAUCCUGGACUUGAAGACGGGGACGGUCAAGAAAGAGGGGCAGCAGUCAUCCAUGAGAAUGUGCAUGGGCUCACGGCGCUCUUUCAUCUGCAGGAUGAGGUGUGGAAAUGCUCCACUGGACCACCUGCCUCUAAACAGAAUAACCACCAUGAGGAAAAGGUUCAGGAAUGGCCUUGGCCCUGUGAAAGAAGGUGAAGCCCAAUAUGCUGUGGUCCACUGCACAGGAUACAUCAAGGCCUGGCCACCUGCAGGAAUGACAAUACCUGAGGAAGACGCUGAUGUGGGACAAGGCAGUAAAUAUUGCCUGGUGGCCAUUGGGAGACUCCAGGUGACCAGCUCCCCCGUGUGCAUGGACAUGAAUGGGAUGUCAGUGCCCACUGAGUUCCUGUCCCGGCACAACUCUGAUGGGAUCAUCACGUUCGUGGACCCGCGGUGCAUCAGUGUGAUCGGCUACCAGCCCCAGGACCUUCUGGGAAAGGACAUCUUGGAAUUCUGCCACCCAGAGGAUCAGAGCCACCUUCGGGAGAGCUUUCAACAGGUGGUAAAGCUGAAGGGCCAAGUGCUGUCGGUCAUGUAUCGAUUCCGCACCAAGAACCGGGAGUGGGUGCUGAUCCGCACCAGCAGCUUCACCUUCCAGAACCCCUACUCCGAUGAGAUCGAGUACAUCAUCUGCACCAACACCAACGUCAAGCAGCUGCAGCAGCAGCAGGCAGAGCUGGAGGUACACCAGAGAGAUGGGCUGUCCUCCUAUGACUUGUCUCAGGUCCCAGUCCCCAACCUACCUGCUGGUGUUCAUGAGGCUGGCAAGUCAGUGGAAAAGGCAGAUGCGAUUUUCUCCCAGGAGAGAGACCCCCGGUUUGCUGAGAUGUUUGCAGGAAUCAGUGCUUCGGAGAAGAAGAUGAUGAGCUCUGCCUCGGCAGCCGGAGCCCAGCAGAUCUAUUCCCAGGGGAGCCCCUUCCCUCCUGGACAUUCUGGAAAGGCCUUCAGCUCUUCAGUGGUUCACGUGCCUGGGGUGAAUGACAUUCAGUCCUCCUCAUCGACGGGCCAGAACAUGUCCCAGAUCUCCCGGCAGCUGAGCCAGAGUCAGGCUGCAUGGACAGGGAGCCGUCCGCCCUUCCCAGGACAGUCCAGCAAGACCCAGUCAUCUCCCUUCGGAAUUGGAACGAGCCAUACCUACCCGGCGGACCCGUCUUCCUACAGUCCCCUUUCCAGCCCAGCCACCUCCUCGCCAAGUGGCAACGCCUACUCCAGUCUUGCCAACAGAACUCCAGGGUUCGCUGAGAGUGGACAGAGCAGCGGGCAGUUCCAGGGGCGGCCCUCCGAGGUCUGGUCACAGUGGCAGAGCCAGCACCACGGGCAGCAGAGUGGUGAGCAGCACCCCCACCAGCAGCCCGGCCAGACUGAAGUGUUCCAGGACAUGCUGCCCAUGCCAGGAGACCCGACCCAAGGGACUGGCAACUAUAACAUCGAGGACUUUGCUGACCUAGGCAUGUUCCCGCCCUUUUCUGAGUAGCUGUGGGGCAGAGUGAGGCCCCCUGUACAGGGCCACCAUGCUGCGACGUCCACACCCAGCUUGCCCUGCCACAGGAUCCUACUGCAGUGCGCCAACUCCUGUGCUUCCCAGCCAUGGCACUGUUCUGCUCUCACCACAGCUGUGGCUUCUCCGUCGCUACUGACCAGGGCCCUGCUGGGUGUCUGGGGCUUGGCUGUAUUUAUUGUAUUUUAUCUGUAUGUGCUCUCGGGCCCUCAGAUUCAGCUACAAAUAUCCCCUUGGUAGGCGGUGUGCACCGUGAGAAGCUCACUUGAUGCCCAGAGCAGUAGCAGCCCGUCCUGGGACGCCAGGGUCUGGCUUCUGCUUGCUUUUCACAGCUGCUGGCUGGUGGCCAGGGUCCGGUAAGAGGCAGGCGAGAUCGGGGCCUUUUAUCACGCCCUGGAGCUGAGGAGCCUGGGGACCCAGGGAGGCCCACUACCUGCUGCUGCGCCAGUGAGCCUGUUGUGACGUGUAUGUUUGUGCUUUGUGUGGUGAGAUGUGAACUGUCUAUCCUAAUGGGUGUGUCGUAUCUCGUUCUGUCGUGUGUGGCCAGAGUGCGUGUGUCGAGUCCAGACCACGGUGAGUGUGAGCGCCAGGGUGCACCGCCUGUGUCCCUGCUCUCACCAACAGUGCUGAUGCAAGGCUGGCAGGGAGACAGCUGACAGGCUGGCCCUUCCACUGUGUCAGCAGAAGCUGAGGCUGGGGACCUGCUCAUUGUGAGCAGGGUCAGUGCUUUAGGCUGGGCCCGGGCUUCAGAUCCAAGCUCCUCUGUGCUGGGGGAGCAGCCCUUUCCUCCUCUCAGAGCCUGGGGGCCACAGUCUUCUCUCACCAAUGGCAGGGACAGGAUGCCUGGCAUCUUGGGCCAUGCCCUGGAGUGGGCGGGGCAGCUCCUAUAGGGAGAGCCUCCCUCCCCCGCUGGCCCAUGGUCUGUCCUCCAGAGGGAUACAGUGCAGGCUAGCGAGGCAGAGGACUUGGCUCCAGCUCUGCUUUCAGCUCUGUUCCUACCACACAAUCCCCAGGCCCUGAACACUCAGCAGUCUCAGAACAGGAGUACCAGCGGAUUUCCAGACGCCCCUGCCUACUGCCUGCUGAGCCUGAGGGCCCUGGCUUGCGGUGUUUCAUUUUCACAGGCCCUGCUGUCUCUGCCUCCUUCGUUUGCUUCUUUUCCCACCAGUCACCUCCUUCUCCCGCCCCCCAGCCUCUCAGCCUACUGAUGCCCACAUGGGUGAGAGGGGCCACCCUUGGAAAAGCCCUGGGGCCCCUCCCAGGGCCCCUACAGACACUGUACAGUACUGUGUCCCUGUCACAGGUCUCUGAGGUUAGGGAAAGAGUGAGUGGAGGAAGCCCCAGGUGCAGGGAGGAGCUCUGCCUGGUGCCUGGACUCUAAGCUGUCAAAAGCCAGCCUUCCCAUGAGGAUGCCCUGCCCUAGCACCUGGCCUUCUGUGGUCCUGGUUCUGAGAUUAACCAAACCUGGCGCUGCAGUCUCUAGAGCAGCUCUGUGUCCUCGUGUGGAUAGCGAUGACAGGGUCCAGAGUAUAGACACACAUGUUUGCUCCAUCCUCAAAGGAGUUCUUGCCUCUGGGGAAAUAGAGUCACCGUAGGCAGCCCCAGCUCAGGAUCCUGGUGCCUGUUGGCAUUGUGUCAGUACCUGGAAGCCUUGGAAUUGCUCUGGGCAGUGAGUGUAACCUUUCUCCCCUAAAAAAAAAAAAAGAAAAAAAAAAGGCACAAAAACAGCCUUUGGAGCAAAGAGUGUUCUCGGUGAGAAAUAGAUUUCGUGUGGCCUUUAGCUUGUGGCUUGGAGGUUCAUUUUGGCCUCUGUAUAGUAGAGGACAUUUGGGUGGUGCCAGAGAGCAGCCAGUGGUGCUGCUGCCCUGCUGGUCCAUGCUGGGCCUGAGGGAUCUGUAAGCAGCAGGGAGGAGCUGCUCAGGCUGCCACCCACCUGUGCCUCAGACCUCAGCAGGAGUUCAGGGUGCCUGGGCCUGAGUUUAUAGCCUGAGGAGGGGAGCCAUGACCCCGAGGGCUACCUACUCUCUCCACCUUGACCUGGGAGGGCAGUGAUGACUGGUUGGGGUCUGAUGGCAGGUGUGAACCCUAUGUCUUUUCUGUCCCCCACUCUGCAUUUUGCUGUCCUAUAAACAGUAAGAAAGUAGACAAGUGGUGAUAAGGAGCAAUCCAGGACUGAGUGGAGCCCACAGGGUCCCUGAGACACAAGGGGGAAGAGCACAGCUCUGAACUGCAGGCUUGGUGUCCUGGUUUGGGAAAGAACCCCCUGCCACUAGGCUGCAAAGAUAGUUCAGUGGUGUAAGUACCUGCCUAGGCAAGUACAAAGACCCAGGUUCAAUCCUUAGUAUCACAUGCCUG